AAGCAAGAAGCAUUAGCACACUCCAGAAUGGUGGCGCCACCGGUAGCACCGACGUGGCCGGCACCGUCCAAAACCCUAAUCCCUGACUUCCCAUCGGAGAACACAAAACAACUCAUUCUCCAACAAUGCAAGACACGCGCCGACCUCACACAAGUCCACGCGCUCCUCAUCAAGACGCGCCUCAUCCACACCACUUCCCUCUCCCUCUCCCUCCUCGAAUCCGCCGCACUCAUCGUUCCCGAUGCCCUCGACUAUGCUCUCUCAAUCUUCCGCCACCACCACCAUCACCUCCGCCUCCGCCGCUGCGACACCUCCGCUUACAACAUCAUGAUAAGGGCUCUCACUUAUCACCACUACCCGAGAGAUGCCAUCCUCCUUUUCAAUCACAUGUCCCGAAACAUCGUACCUCCUGACCAUUUCACCUUCUGCGCCGCCUUCAAAGCCUGCUCCGCGGUUAAGGCGAUGAUUGAAGCGCAGCAGAUUCAUGCUCAUGUUCUCAAGCGGGGGUUUCAGUCCUAUGGAUUCAUUGAGAACACGUUGAUUCAUGUGUAUGCAAUUUGUGCUGGGGUGGCGGUUGCUCGCCGGGUGUUUGAUGAAAUGCCUCAAAGAGAUCGUGUGGCUUGGAAUGCAAUGUUAGCAGGCUAUGCCAAGAACGGAUACUGGGACGAGGUAGUUGGAUUGUUUUUGAUGAUGCGGGAACAACAAAGUGUUGUAGGUUUCGAUGAUGUUACCAUGAUUACUGUUUUGACUGCGUGCGGCAGGUUGGUGAAUUUGGAGUUGGGAGAGUGGGUUAGGGACUAUGUUGAGGCCAAUGGAAUGAUGGGUAACCUUAGUUUGAUGACUUCACUCAUUGACAUGUAUGCGAAGUGUGGCCAUGUUGACAAGGCAAGAACCUUGUUUGAUCAAUUGAAAUGUAGAGAUGUCGUUGCAUGGAGUGCUAUGAUUUCAGGAUAUAGUCAAGCGAAACGAUGCAGUGAUGCGCUUGCUCUGUUCAGUGAGAUGCAGAAGGCUAAUGUGGAACCCAAUGAGGUUACUAUGGUUAGUGUGCUUUACUCUUGUGGGGUUCUUGGAGCUAUGGAAACCGGUAAAUGGGUUCAUUUCUAUGUGAACAAGAAGAAGAUGAAGCUCACUGUCACUCUUGGGACAGCACUCAUUGAUUUCUAUGCGAAAUGUGGGUCUAUAGAGAGUGCGAUCGAGGUAUUUGAGAAGAUGCCAGAGAAGAAUGUGUUCUCAUGGACCGCAAUUAUUCAUGGUCUGGCUAAUAACGGCAAGGGGAAGAGAGCUCUAGAGUUCUUUCGUUUGAUGAAGGAAGCAAAUGUUGAGCCAAACGAUGUGACUUUCAUUGGUGCACUCUCUGCUUGCAGCCAUGUCGGUUUGGUUGGGGAAGGUCGAGCUCUUUUUCAAAGCAUGACUAGAGAUUUCAGAAUAGAACCAGGGAUGGAGCACUAUGGCUGUAUGGUUGAUAUUCUUGGUCGAGCUGGUUUAAUUGAAGAAGCUUAUGAGUUUAUCAAGAGCAUGCCUAUUAAACCAAAUGCAAUUGUUUGGAGAACACUGCUAGCUUCUUGCAGGGCACACAAAAAUGUUCCAAUUGGUGAAGAAUCCUUUAGAAAGAUAACUCAAUUGGAGCCUGCUCAUAGCGGGGAUUACAUACUGCUAUCGAACACGUACGCCUUGGCAGGUCAAAGCGAGGAUGCUAAGAGAAUAAGGUCUCAAAUGAGAGAAUUGGGGAUCAAGAAAUCACCUGGUUGUAGCUUGAUUGAGUUAGAAGGUGUGGUUCAUGAGUUCUUUUCUGAAGAUGAUGAACAUUCUUACUCAAAGGAGAUAUAUAAUGCAAAUGAACAGAUGAUCGAAAGAAUUAAGUUAUAUGGGUAUGAACCAAAUAUUUCGGAGGCAAGGAUAGAUGCAGAGGAGGAGGAUAAAGUAGUUUCUGUAUCUCACCAUAGUGAGAAGCUGGCUAUUGCAUUUGGUCUCAUUAAAACUCAACCGGGGGCUACCAUUAGAAUUUCCAAGAACCUUAGAGUUUGUGGUGAUUGCCACAAUGCCACAAAGAUAAUAUCCAAGGUUUAUAAUAGAAAAAUUGUGGUUAGGGAUCGGAACAGGUUCCAUCAUUUCCAAGAUGGAUCAUGCUCUUGUAAUGAUUUUUGGUAAACCAAAGCACUUGAAGAAUAAUAUUUACACUAGUUUGUAACAAAAAGAUCUAAAAUAGUGUUAAUUAAACAUCCAGCAUGAUUCG